CUCUUUCUCUUACCAUUUUCUAUUUGUUUCCAUUUUCUCACUUUUCAUUUCACACUCUCUUUACAACACAACACAAAAACCCUCAUCUCUCUUUUUUUCUUCAUUUUUCAUUCAUCUCUCUCUAUGGCUUCAGAAUCUCAGAUGGAGGGCUCUGAUGAUUUUGGUGAAGGUUUUGACCAAGAGAGUUUAUUGGCGACUCAAUAUUAUACUCCACAUCCGAAGCAAAUAUUGCCAAAGUCUGGUCUUCAACCUGUCAAUUUGGAUUUCUCUCCUAGCUCAGGUGGGGUUAGCUCUGCCACUUCUGUGAAGGAGGAGGGUUCUAGAUCACCUUCCUCAUCAUCCUCAGAUUCAGAGCCUGAAUCUUUUAUCAAGUCUGUAAUCCAUUAUCAGGGCACACCGGUGAAUACCGAUGGUGAGCAAUCCCCUGAAGGUAAGCUGAAAGAAGACCUUCCCGAUAUGGAAAGACCAAGCCAGUUUGUCGGGGAAGGAGAAAAUAGAAGUUAUGAUGAGUUGCUGAAGAAGUUCAUUAAAAAUGAGGAAGAACUAAGAGUUUCCAAUUUUAAACUUCAGCUUUCAGAAGAAGAGAUUAUCAAGUUGAAGAAUCAAAUUGAGAAAAGUGAGGGUCAACUUGAUAAUGCGAGGAAAGAAUUAACACUGAAUAAGGAGGAACUUGAAUAUGAAAAAGGACAGGUACUGGAGUUGCAAAAACAAACAGCUGAGUUGGAGACUCAUGUUCCAGAUUGUUGCUACAAGAUUGCAAAUUUGGUGGAAGAGCUGGAGGUAGCUAAUGAACAUCUCAAAAUAUCAAACAAUGAAGUAGCAAGACUAAGAAAGGAACUUGAGAGUAGGUCAUCUGAGACUCAUCAAUUGCAAGGUCACCUUAGAGUGACACAGGAAAAUGUGGUGAAAUUAGAAAGCUGGCUUGAUUCAGAGAGAAAUAAGGUUCGGGAAUUAGAAGACACGAUUGCUUGGUUUAAAGCUAAUGAAACUAACCAUGAACUUGAGGUGCAAAGAAUGAAAGCUGAAAUGCUUGAUGUGCAGGAACAGUUCUCUUUUGAGAGAGAUCAGUUGCAUUCUGAAAUUGUGAGCUUGUCAGAAAUGAAAAUAGAUUUGACCUCUAGACUGGAGGAAUGGGAGUGUAGAUGCAAUUUAUUAGAAAAGAAAUUAAGGCAAUGUGAAACUGAAAAUUUGGAGCAAGAAGAGUUGUAUGCUACACAACAAAUAGUUAUGCAAGGCGAAAUCAGUUCGUUAAAGGAAGAACUUAGUCAGAGAAGACAUGAAGUGGAAGCUGUGAAUAAGGAAUUUGAUAAGCACAAGCAGAAAUUUGACAUGCUCAUGACUGAAAAAGAUGAAGCCAAUGCUAAGAUGGAUAAACUUAAGGCUGAGAUAAGCUUGCGAGACGAUCAAAUAGCAAAUACGGAGAGACAGCUUUUACAGCAACACACACAACAGGCUGGACUGACUGCAGAAUCUGAAGCUAGACUGUAUCUAUUAAAUGUGUUGAAGCUGAAAGUUGAAGAACUUGAAAAAGAGGUUACUAGACAGAAUGUUGUGAUCUCCGAUCGGGAUGAGGAGAAGAGGGAGGCAAUCCGGCAACUGUGCUUCUCGAUUGAUCACUAUAGGAGUGGAUAUAAAGAACUUCUUCAAGCUUUUACUGGUCAUAGGCGCCGUACUGUUAUAGCCUCCUAAAGUUACAUUCACUGGUCUCAUCAUUUUAUAUUGUUUUGUAGAUCUUUACGGAUUAUUUGCUAUGCAUGUCUUUCUCUUAUUUUCUGUUAUGCAGCGAAACAAAAUAUCGCACACAGAUUGUGUAAGAUUUCUUUCUUUUUUGGUUGCA